AUGUCCCAGCCGAACCCCUACGAAAGUAUUCAGGUCGAUACGAGCGACGAUGACUUUGACAUCCAGUCUCUCACGGGGUCCGACCUGUCCUUCGCCUCCUCGGUGCGGGACUACUGCUACGAGAACGGCCGGCGCUACCAUGCUUACAGGCCCGGGGCGUACCCCAUUCCCAACGAUGAAGAAGAGCAAGAUCGCCUCGCCCUAGCGCACCACUUAUUCAAGCUUAUCACCGGCGGGGAUCUGUACCGUGCCCCACUGCUUCGCGACGGUGACUCGCCGCUGCGCGUGCUGGACAUCGGCACGGGCACGGGCCAAUGGGCCAUCGACAUGGCGGAGGAUUUCCCCGACGCCCAGAUCUUCGGCACGGACUUGUCGCCCAUCCAGCCGAACUGGGCGCCGCCGAACUGUCGGUUUUUUAUUGACGAUGCCGAGAGCGAUUGGGCCUUCGCUCCCAACGAGGCCUUUGACUAUAUCCAUUGCCGCAGUCUGGCGGGCGGGAUUAGUGAUUGGCCACGACUGCUGCGUCAGGCCUACACGCAUCUGAAGCCCGGCGGGUGGUUCGAGGCUCAGGAGUUUAACGCGUGGGUUACGUCGGACGAUGGCACGCACUUGAAAGCGCCUCUGACGAUGAAGUGGCUGGAGCGCCUGAACGAGGCCAGUAAGCAAUUUGAAAAGCCCAUGAACGUCGCUCCGUCUCUGGAGCAGUGGGUUCAUGAGGCCGGCUAUGUCAAUGUGGCCGAUGACAUGUACAAGUGCCCCGUUGGCGGCUGGGCGAAAAACCGCCGUCUCAAAGAAAUGGGCCGAAUCGGCAAAGCCGCGCUUCUCGAAGUGAUCGAGCCGUACACAUUGGCUCUAUUCACGCGAGUGCUGGGCGAUUCUUUUCCAGAAGCGCAUGAUUACAUGAAUAAAGUGCGCGCGGAGCUGAUGGGCGGCGGCUCUCUUCACCUCUACGUGCUGUUCCACUAUGUCUACGGACAGAAGCCACUGACUGAGGGCCAGACUGUGGCCCCAUGA